AUGUCACAGUUUCAAGAUCAGCCCAGUACUGAUCGUCAUCUUCAAGAACAAGAACAAGAACAAGAAGCACAAGGCAAUAUCCAUGAUCCAGAGCUGAUACAAGAAAAAGGAGGAGACAAUCACGUCGACGACACAGUUACUUCUCAGGAACCGGGGAGGCCAUCAUUAGGAGAAUUGAGUGCAGUGGAGGAAAACGAAGGCUUCAGAUCCCCGACAUCCAUAAAACAUAAAAUCCCAGCCAUCACAGAAUGCCCACCUGCACCGAGAAAGCCAACAGCAACACGAGCAAUCCCAAUGAAGCGGAGGAUAUCGAAGGUCCCCAGAAGACUCCAAUUUGAAGAGUUUGAGAAUGGUGAGGCUUCAAACCAUGAAGCCGGUAAUGGUGAUGCUAGCUGGAGCCUGGAGGAAAAUGGUCCAAGAGGCCUUGAUGAUGCUGUGAUUGGGAAUGUAGAAGAGAAGCUGUCUCAGAAAGUUCAUGAUAUUCAGGAAGAAGUGAAAGAUGCAUACACCAAAACAAAAGAGAAGGUGUCUGAGAAAACCCAUAUGGUUCAAGAAGGGGUCAAAGAGGCUGUUGAGAAAGCAAAACAUGCUGCAAAACCCACUUGUGAUCUGAGAAAGACAAUUGUGGAAGAUGUUGCAGGAAAUAUUUCAAAGAUUGAAGCAGCCUCAAGAGAGCAAAUGGGGCAGAGAGGCAGAGGAGAAAGACAAGGAGAAGAAAAGGAUGGGGUGGACACUGUGAAAAGCACUUUGCAUGAGUUCCAAAAAAAGGGUCAACAUGACUUCAUUAAUAGGGUCUAUGAUGUUGUGAAUUAUAUGCUGUCUACGGAUGCUAUAGGAUCAUUGACGUGUGUGAUUCAUAUUUUAGGAUUUGCCACAGCUUAUGGGGUAUGUGUGUGGGUUACAUUUUUUUCAAGUUUUGUUUUAGCUGGGGCUCUGCCAAAUCAACAGUUUGGGAUUGUGCAAAGCAAGAUUUAUCCUUUUUAUUUCAAAAUUAUGGCUUCUUGUGUUGGGUUGGCCUUGUUGGGACAUGCAUUGAGUCAAGGAGAAAAAGUGUUGUUAGGUAAACCUGACUUGUUUCAAGGGCAUGCACUUUUGGCCACACUUCAUAUCAUUCUCAUCAAUUUACUGUAUUUGGAGCCUCGAGCUACAAAGGUGAUGUUUGAAAGGAUAAGGGUAGAAAAUGAAGAAAGGAAAGGACAAGAGAGUUCUAGGGUUGAGCCUGGCAAGGAGGGUGAGCCCACCACAGGUGCAUCUGGCCCACAAGUUAUGGGAAGACUAGACCAAGAGACGGUGAACAAUCAAAUCCUUGAACUGAAUGAGAUGCUGAAGAAGCUCAACGCAUAUUCAUCCUUCUUAAAUAUUCUUACUCUCAUGGUUCUCAAGUUGCACCUAGUGUACUUAGUCCAUCGUCUUUACAUGACAUGUUGAUUUUAAUAUAAUCAUGUGAAGGUUCGGUAUGAUA